AUGGCCUCGACGCUCGUCGACCUUGUCGGCCCCACGCUCUUGCGCAACGGCGCGCCGCGUACCGACAUUGUCGUCGACCAAGCGGCGUAUGAAGCGACGUACGAGUGGCGCCACGUGUGCGAUAUCUGCGGCGAGAAGAUCGUCGGCGCUCGCUACGCCUGCGACCAAGACGACAACUUUGACGUGUGCCGCGCCUGCCACGCCGCCGCGUCGACGCCCGAGCGCACGUUUACCGAGGCGCCGAUUCCCAGCAAGCCGGUGCCGCGCAUGAAAGAGUCUGUUGCGACGGCGAGUGCGCUCGAGAAGAAGACAGUCCUGCUCUACUUUGGCGCGCAGGCAUGUGCGUCGUGUCGUGCCUUCACGCCGUCCUUGGUCGACUACUACACGCGACCGCACGCACAGCUGGAGCUUGAGAUUGUUUACGUGAGCGGUGACAGCGACGACGCGACGGCGAACGAAGCGUUUGACGCGAUGCCGUGGCUCGCCGUGCCCUUCCUCGACACGGCGCGCAAGGCCUCGCUCGCCCAGCGCUACCACGUCCACGGCACGCCGACAUUAGUCGUGCUCGAUCCGACCGGUGCGACGAUCAAUGCCAACGUGCAAGACAAGGUGUGGGUCGACCCGCAAGGUCUCGCCUUCCCGUACGCGCCCAAGACCCUACAGGACAUGCUUGGCAGCGACGUCGUUGGCAACGAUGGGCACACCGAAGCGCUUCUGCUGGAAUCGAUGCAACACAAGACGCUCGUGCUCUACUUCGCCGCGGCGACGGCCAAAGCACCGACGGACGACUUUAUGACGCACCUCGCAGCGACGUACGCAGUCUCCAAGAACAGCAGCCUUCUUGACGUCCUCUACAUCUCGGCCGACGACACACGGGAAGAGUACGAUGCAAUGGUGGCGUCCAUGCCGUGGCGAGCUCUGCCGUAUGACGUGGCGGCAUCGGCGUUGACCGAGCUCGCCGAUGCGUACAACGUCGAGAGCCUUCCGGCCGCACUCGUGCUCGGGCCCGGACCCGACCGUCCGGUCAUCAACAAGGAUGCGAUCGGGGCCAUUGCAAGCAAGAGUGCGUUUCCGUGGCCAGCCCACAGCGUCGUGGACCUCCGCUUUGGACCGUCCGCGAACGGGUAUGCGCUCACCAGCAAGCCAACGCUCGUAACGUUUUGCAACAUGCUCGAGGCCGACGCGCUGGCGGCGCAUAAGGCCGAGGUGUCGAUCCUCGCAGCGGAAGCGGAGCCGCACCAACCGGCGUGCAGCGACCACGGCUGCAGUCACGACACGGACGGCCCAAGCAUGCUCUUCUUUGUGAGCACGACCAAGGAUGAUUGGCUCCGCGUCAAGGUCCAUGAGAUGGCCGGCCUGGAAGAGGACACUUGUGGUGAUCAGCCGCGUGCCAUCCUCCUCGACAUGCAACAUCGCCGCUUCCUUGUGCACCGUCAAAUCGAUGGCGCAUCGCUCCGCGACGUGCUCGCGCGUUUCCAUGACCAUACGCUUGAGAUGCAGCCCAUGCACCUCGACUAAUCCAACAUAGCACUAGAGCUAUUAGAUGCUGUCGAAUGCAAUAAGAGAUACAAGUACAAGGCCUGACGUGUUGUUCGCCA